AAAAUGUGGAUGAAAUUGAGGAUGUUAUCCUCUCUCUCUCUACACAACCAACUGGUUUCCUUUAUUUUUCCCUCUCACUUUCUCUCCUAACUGUCACUUCCAACUGUCCCAAUGGAACUCUCCCUCCUGCCUUACCACCAUCACAAACCCGCCUUCCUUCCCCAUUCUCUCUCCUCCAUUUUCAUCUCAAGGAAGAGACCCUUCAACAGAAACACAUCUGUAUUGUCAUGUCGUUGCUCAUCUUCUUCUUCCCCAGAGGCUACAGCUAAAGCACCCACACUCUCUUCACAAUGCCAGGGAAGGAGGGCAUUGAUGGCUUGUCUUCUGUCAGCAGCUGCUGGCAUUUCUGUCUGUGACGUGGCUGGUGCAGUAAGCACAAGCAGAAGAGCACUUAGAGGAGAAAAGAUACCUGAGAGUGAUUUUAAAACCCUUCCCAAUGGCUUAAAGUAUUAUGAUUUGAAGGUUGGGGGUGGAGCAGAGGCUGUGAAGGGAUCUCGAGUUGCAGUCCACUAUGUAGCUAAAUGGAAAGGCAUCACUUUUAUGACAAGUAGACAGGGACUUGGUGUUGGUGGUGGAACACCUUAUGGAUUUGAUGUUGGUCAAUCGGAGAGGGGCACAGUCCUCAAAGGAUUAGAUUUAGGUGUUCAAGGCAUGAAAGUAGGAGGCCAGCGAGUGCUGAUAGUUCCUCCUGAGUUAGCUUAUGGAAGCAAAGGGGUACAGGAAAUCCCUCCAAAUGCGACAAUUGAGGUAAUUUGUUUCUACGUAUUAUCUAAGUUUCAAUUUGAGAAGGGUAACAACGAAUCUUGGUAGCCUGAUGAUGGCUCCAU